CUUCACACAGGUCCAGCAACCCAACCUAGGUGCCAGCGAGAGUAGACGGACGACUCGACCUGGGUAAACAAGAGUGGACGCCUCGAAGAGGCAGGAAUGGGGACUUCAUCGAGGGCCCUGAUGGGGAAUGGGAUUUGUGUUUUAUCGUAGAAAAAACAGUAUGUAUUGCCUAGCGUGUUAAUAUGCCACAAAAAGCCAAGAAAAAUUGUAUUUUUUUCUCUCUCGGGUUUUUAGCCAGGCGCUGAUUUGUAACGACGUUGGUUAUUCCGACGGGCCCACUUCGAUUUUGUUCCUGUUGUCAGUUUCACAACCCGGUGACUGUCGGUCGAUCGCGAUUUACUUGUGUCUAUUAUUUAAGUUCAUCCAGGGCAUAUGCAAUUCAAAGGGAGCCAAGAAAUAACACAGAAGCACAUUUCCAAGAGAGUACAGGUAUGUGUUGAGUCAAUAGAGCUAGCUAGUUAACUGUCUUUGUUUUUCUCUCAACGUUAGCUGGCUAACACGGCCAGGCAGUAGCCAGCGUACUGUAGCUAGCAAGCUAUUGUUUGCUCUGAAGAUUCAGUAGUUAACGUUAGCUAGCCAAGUUAGCUUGGUACGGUAGUGUGGUGGGAGCUAAUCUGUGGUGGUAGCUAAUUGUUGUGAGCCAUUUUGGGGUUGGCUAACUAACGAACUAGGUAGCUAGCUACAUUGGUUAUUAACAAAUAGGAUCUCAUCAGCAAGUUCAUUAGAAACCCAACCUUUGAAUGUGAAGCCUUGCAGCCCUGCCAUCUUGCUAACUAAGUAAACUAGUUAGCUAGCUAGUUAGCCAAGGCCAUGUAGCUAUAGCCGUUUAUUUAUUACAUUUUACGAUGAACUCUGACGUAACCCAAAUAGCUAAGUUAACCAAAUACGACCAUUCCAUGUUAAACUUACUUAAUUAAACGUUAGCUUACUAGUGCUGGCUAACGUUGGGCAACAUCAAAAUAUUUUGAAUUUGUGACUGACACAUCAGAGAGGGUGAUGAUGAUGAUGAUGAUGAUGAAUGUUUAUCACAUUAUUUUCAAGUAAUGAAACUGCGCUGUCAAAUCAGCCUGGGAGCGUGUUGGGUUUGUUGACCAGUUUGUUGACUUAAGUUAAUAUUGCUAGAGAAGAAAACAAACUGCUGAAGAACUUGCAGCAGUCUAUUUCAAAUUUGGUAUGGCUUUUGUUACUAUCUUUAUGCAUUGCUAAUAAAGAUGAAAUAGACAGGCUUGGAAAAUUAGUAGGGUUACGUACCUAAAAGAGCCAGAGACCAAAUGAGGAAUUAUCUCAGACUGAGGCCUAGUACAAGCCAGAAAACAUUAGGCAAAUAGGCUUGCUGUCACAAUGGUUGUAUUUUAUUAUUUUCUUUCAUGAAGGAGAACAUUGUCAACCGAAUGACUCCUUAUUAGGAAACUUGAUGUGUACACUUGGGACCAGUCAAUCGUUAAUUAUCCUGCCCUAAAUUCUCUGUACUGUUCCAGUAUAAAAAGCACCCAUAAUUCUUCCCUCAUGAAAUGUUUUGAUUUGUGUUCACGAUGUUGAUGCCAUUAAUUUUGCGUGGAUGCCACUCUUUAUCUAUGAUAGAAGACACCCCAUCUCAUAGUCACAAUUUGGAGAACAAUAACACAUCACUGGAUUGAUUUAAAGCUGCAAUAUGUAACUUUUUGGGCGACCCGAACAAAUUCACAUAGAAAUGUGAGUUGUAGAUCUGUCAUUCUCAUUGAAAGCGAGACUAAAGCCCCGUUUCCAUUGGCGCUUUGAAGUCAACCCAGGCUGGGCUGGCCUUGGUGGGCUAGCUCAAAUUGCGUUUCCACUGCCUCCAGAAAUUAGAAAUGAUGUCAUGUUGCUAGGUAGCCAAAUGUGACUGCAGCUGGCUUCGCUAAUGUUGCUAGCUAGCAAUAUGUUGAAGAAUUUAAUUCACCCUCACCAUGCUGUAACUAACGUUACCCCAUAGUGCUGGCGUUCGCUAACGUUUAGGCUAGCUAGUUACAGUAGCUUAAUUCCUACAUUGAUUGCCAUGGCAUUGGCUAUUAGCUAGCUAACCUAGCAAACCAUACGACAGGUUUGAUAUGAUGUAGCUAGUUUCAAUAAGACCGGGCCAGCAAAAAUUCCUGCUCGCUUACGUUAGCUAGGAUGUUUCAACUCUGAUUUGCUAGCUAAGGUUAGGUAGCUAGCAUUUGAGGGCUGACAGCUCUCAUAAAAGUUUAUUGUGUAGUGCAAAAAUGAAUGAAGGAUCCAGCUAUGGUGGUAAUUCGUGUCAUGUCUGGCUACUGCAGUACUGCUUGUCUAUGUGCUAGCUAACAGCAGCAAGCCCAGACCAGCUAGCUAAACGUUGUAUCAGCAUCCAGCAGUGAUCAGCUUGGUGGUUGCAUAGUAAUGGCGUCACCAGCCCCAAUUCGAAUUGAGCUGACACCAGUUGUGUAACUGGGCUGCGCUUUCCCCGGUUGUGAAUUCAAUUCGAGCCAGCUCAAAUUAGGCCCACAUUUUAAUUGCCAGUGGAAACGGGGCUUUGGAUGCAGUAGCUCUGAUCUAUGUGUUCUAUUUCUAUGCUUCCCGUUCUUAAAUGUAGUUCUUGCGUCUUUUACUUUCGGUUUUGUACACCAGCUUCAAGCAGCUGAAAAUACUAUAGUUUUGGUUAAGGAAAAUAUAUUUCACAGCGGUUUAGAUAGUACAAUGAUUCUCUACACUAUACUUGCUUGUUUUGUCACAUAAACUGAAAUUAGGCGAACUAUUAUAAUUUUAGGAAAUGUCAGAGCACCUUUAAAAUGAUAUGAGCUAGAAAUAAACUUAAUUGUAGUUACACACAUUCCCUUGUAACUAUGGCAGCUUCUACAACCCACUGGAUGCCAUAUUGCAGAGCAGUGGCACAGUUAUAUAAUGAUAAUAGUGGGGCCCAUUUCAGCAUUUCCCCUCAGCACAUUAGCAUGUUUUUUUGGGGUUUUUGUCAGUUUUAGUUUGACUUGAUAAAAACAGUGAUAUGACUGUUCAUCAGAAGUAAUCACGUCUGUUCUGCCCACAGAAUUGUAGUUGUAUUGAAAUAGGCCUACAUCAUGGCACUAUUCUCUCAAGCCUGUAUUUGAGAUGUCAAAACCUUUUUUAUCAAGGAUGUAGUAUAUAGUACCGUGCGCUAAUAGGAAACCAAUGCUUAAUCACUCAAAGGUUGUUGUCUAGGUGUUCCAUCUUCUUUGUAUGCAGAAAUUAGUUUAAACAAAUGGCCAUUCCUGUGAGUGCAUUUCCAGUAUGUAAUGCUGUCAAUGUUAGCGGGGCUGGUUGGUUCAUAAGGCAUUAGAUUGAAGAAUCCCUGUGAUGAGAAUGACAUCUUCGCUUCUCAGAAGGGCCUGUUAUCAUAGCGGCAAUGUAUGAAGCACUGUGCUUGCUUACUCAAAGCUGUGAGCUUUUUGGUAUCUUGGCUAACAUGUUGGAUACCUUUUUGUAGAGACAAGAAUGUGUAACAGAACACAUUGACAAACCUGCACUCAAAAUAGAAAAAGCUAAAUUAGGUAAAGGUUUGGGAUAGGUUAAUAGUUAAUGUAUGUCCUUGCGUAGGUGGUAGAUUUGGUUUUUCUGCAGCCAUUGCUGAAACUGUGUGCUGUGAAGCUCAAUAUAGGUCUGCGUUGUCCUCCUCAAGGAAUGAAUUAAAGCAGUUUCCCAUAAACGCCCUCUCCUCUUUUGAAAUGUCUCCACCUUGGUGCCAGGGGGGAUUGAUUGCCAAGGUGGCUGUCCUCUGAGGCUGCUGUGUUGCUGUGUGUCAUGGCGCUGCUCGCUCUGUGGCACAGGGGCUCAUCAGUGGCUCACAGGGGGAGCCCCAGAGGAUCAUGGGUUGGGGCUUUGAUUCCCUGGCAGCAGUUCUACAUCGGAACCCAGGGAGGGGGCAUCUCAGAACGCCCCCACCCCCUUCCCCCCUAGCCCCUGUUCCCAGAAGUCUCCACCUGUGGCAUCCUCUUCCUUCUCUUUGCUCAUGAGAUGGAAACACAGACAUGAUACAUGAGUGUUUUCAUGAAUACUGUAUCAGGUAUUUGUUCAGUGCUUCUCUCAAUGUUUGUUUGCUUUGGUAUGGAUGUAGGCUAGGCUACACAUUGAGGGCUCCUGUUAUUCUAUUUCUGGUGAGCAGACAAUGGCCAUGCUCUGUUUUCGUAUGAAGUUGUUGAUGUCUUGUCGCCAGAUACCCUCUCCUGUUGUCUAGUUUGUGAGGUGGAUAUCAUGUUUUCAUGGUAGUCAACUCCGGGCUACACUUGUUUUUCGAGCCUAGCUGUGGAGGAUUCGUGAGGAAACUUGUCAGUUCGGAUUCCAGACCUACCUGCAUUAACUGACUUCAGUCCUCAGCCAGCAUACAUGGCAGUGUUUCUACACCAACCUGUGCUUACUUUGGCUGGAAGGUCUGCUCAGUUUAUAUUGGGUAAAUGCAGGUUUUGAGUGCUUUGCUAUCUACUGUGAUGAUCCCUAGUGAUUUUUACCCACUCAGGGUUCAGUUGCAGUUUGAAGACAAGCACCCACACAAUCCUUAUGUUUCCUGCAGGCCUCAACCUACUUUUGGGUCACUGGGGUUUAAUAUGCAUAUGGAUAAUUCCAGCGUAAGGUCAAUCUUAUAAAAAAAAUUAUUUUGUCAUUUUAAAGUGAAACCAAAAUGGCAAUAUUGUAUACACUCCCCCCAAGGGGUACUAUAGACACACACAUCAAACAUUUAAUUUCUAUUUUGUUUGUCCAUUCUGUGAGACAUUUAAAGUUGUGGUUUUGCAUGCAAAUGUAACAUCCAUAGCUCUGGAAUCACUCUUGUCCAAACAAUGGGUGGGGGAAGUGGCUUCCACCCCAGGCACUCACUGACUGACUGGGUUUUGCAGUAGGUUUGCAUUCUAGUGCAUGCUCAUGAACACACCAAAUUACACACUGCACUACUUUCCUGGUGCAGGCUUUCACACACUUUACGAUCAUUAAAUAAGCUAAUAGUGCUGCAUGCUCAUGUCGUGUGGUGUUGUGUAACAUCAAGAUCUCAGGGUCAACGAAUGGAAUGCAACAGACUGGAUAGUAUUGCAUUAUUUUCUAUAGCUACGGUGAAAACAGUGUGACCUGACCACAGUUGCUUGGUGCUUUUCUUUUUCUUUGCCAGAGAUGUGCUAACAUAGGGCCCCAUAAAAUCAGUUCAUGUUUGGGAUAAAAAAAAUUCUCUACCAAAUUCUGUUUUCUCAGAGUUUUUCCAGGUUUCUGAGUUUUUCCUGUUUUGUCAGGUUUUCGCUCUCAAAACCACACUUUCUAAUAGAAAAACAACAAAAUUGGAUGUUAUAAGUCCACAACAAUGCUUAAACCACACCAGGAGACAAUUCUUUAGGUCUGGGAAAAAUCGUAAGAUAUUUAGAUUUUAAUUCAAGUGAGCACCUACCAAGAGAAUGUUGUUUUUGUAGUAGACAUGAUGGUAGAGUUUGCUAAACAAAUACUCAUGAUAUCAUUCGGCCAGGUAAGCAUAGGCUACUUUGUAGUUAACAUUAAUUGAGAAAGUUUGGGAAAGCCUUUCCAUCUAUCAGAAGACAGGUUUUCAUUAGCAUCAUCGCUAACGGCUACACAAAGUGGUAGACGCUCGCACCUCACACAGACGGGCAUUCUCGUUGCCUCUUCAGAAAGUUGCAGGAAAUACAAAUCAUUGAUGCAUUCUGUUCAUGUCUUAUGAUAAACUUGGGCAAAUGUAUUACUUUUCAAUACAUUUACUUGAUUCCCUACUAAAUUCAAUACGUUUUUGAAUAUUGUUGAAUUGCGUUUUGAUGUCUGGAUUCGGUGAUUCCGCCAUCAUUCUCCACAUCGUGGAUUUUAUAGGGCCCGACUAACAGCAAAUACAUGGGUUUGAUGCUUAGACAGAACAGAACCUUCACUUACUAGAAUGUGUGCUUGUGUGUUGUGGGUGCAUUCUUAUAGCCUAUGCCACUAAAGCCGUGUUCACAUUGGCAGUUUGAAGUGAUUCAAAUCCAAUUUCUUUUGCAUCUCCGAUUCGAAUCUGUAAUUUUCCUGCAUUCUGAACAGCCAAAAAGGACAUGGAAUCUGAUAUUACAAGUCACCUUCGUAUGUGGUUUGAAAUCUGAUACAAAUCUGAUUCCUGGCCUUGCGACUUGUCUGAACGGUCAAAUCUGAUUUAUUUGCCCUCAAGUGGUAUUUAGACUGCUAUUUGGCAUAUCUCAAAUAAAAUCAAAUCAAAUUUUAUUGGCCACAUGCGCCGAAUACAACAGGUGCAGACAUUAUAGUGAAAUGCUUACUUACAGCCCUUAACCAACAGUGCAUUUCUUUUUAAUAAAAAAGUAGAAUAAAACAAAAAAGUGUUGAGGAAAAAAAGAGCAGAAGUAAAAUAAAAUAACAGUAGGGAGGCUAUAUAUACAGGGGGGUACCGGUGCGGGGGCACCGGCUAGUUGAAGUAAUAUGUACAUGUGGGUAGAGUUAAAGUGACUAUGCAUAAAUAAUUAACAGAGUAGCAGCAGCGUAAAAAGAUGGGGGUGGGGGGGGGCAGUGCAAAUAGUCCGGGUAGCCAUGAUUAGCUGUUCAGGAGUCUUAUGGCUUGGGGGUAGAAGCUGUUGAGAAGUCUUUUGGACCUAGACUUGGCACUCCGGUACCGCUUGCUGUGCGGUAGCAGAGAGAACAGUCUAUGACUAGGGUGGCUGGAGUCUUUGACAAUUUUGAGUGCCUUCUUGUUGCUUGCUAGCUACUCUGACAGUUUGACAAGAACAUUCUCCCGAGUGGCGCAGUGGUCUAAGGCACUGCAUCGCAGUGCUAGCUGUGCCACUAGAGAUCCUGGUUCGAAUCCAGGCUCUGUCGUAGCCGGCCGCGACCGGGAGAUCCAUGGGGCGGCGCACAAUUGGCCCAGCGUCGUCCAGGGUAGGGGAGGGAAUGGCCGGCAGGGAUGUAGCUCAGUUGGUAGAGCAUGGCGUUUGCAAUGCCAGGUUCGAUUCCCACGGGGGGCUAGUAUGAAAACAAACAAAAACACAAUUUAUAAUGUAUGCACUCACUAACUGUAAGUCGCUCUGGAUAAGAGCGUCUGCUAAAUGACUAAUAAAUGUAACAUGUUAGUUUGACAACAACCCAAACAAAUUAGUGAAUGUGCUAGAAAGCUAAAUGGCUAGCUAGUUGACUGCUGUGGCGAGCCAAAAAAGACUCGUUUUGAAAGUUGGAUCAUGUCAGCAAAAUAAUUUUGACUGAACUCCCACACAUCCGAUUUGGUCACUUGUAACUUGCUGUUUGGACAGUCAGUAUUCCAAAGCGGUUUUGAAAAACAAAUCUGAUUUGAGCGUUAAGGCCUGCAGUGUGAACAAGGCUUUACAACGUAGAGUUCAUUGUUUUCAUACUGAGCCUUGUGUCAAUACACAGGAUAUUGCAGGCUGGAGAAUGGCAAUUAGUAUGUCUUUACACAUUACUGUUUAAUCAGUACGGCUUCAUUAGGCCAACCAUUAUAAGGCUUCUAAAGGAUAGCUUACAAUGUCCAAUUCAGUUUACUUGUGUCAGUAAAUAAAAUACAUCUCAUAAAAUUGGAUUUUAUUCAGAAUCUUAGUUUGAGGUGUUUACUGGUGGCUCAAGUAUAGGAAAACACCACACUGCCAGCUGUGUGUGCACGUUAUACCACUCCACCACACCAAGAAGUAGGCUAAUGAACAGAGCCAACGUGCCUUUUUAAACAGAUGGCUGCUUUCAUAAUUCAAAGGAAAGGACUUGAGGUGACUGCACUGAGGCAGAAGACAUUUUAUUUUGUCCUCCCCUUGGUGAAAGGCUUCUUUUUUGAAGUAGAAACAGUGUGAUUAGACUAGACCAUUUUAGGAAAAGAGGAUGUGUGAUAAAUGGUGAGGGAUGGAGAGGGGAAUCAUGAUAAAUGAAGAGGGGGGAAAGCGGUGAGAUUAGGCCUAUAUGAUUUUAGGCCUAGAAUCUGGCAUUUUUUUUGUGCUAGGCUAGUGCUUUGACGUCAGCAUGCUUGUUUUUAUUUAUAAGAUCUAUAUCAAAGGGAUGCAUGCUUAGCAUUGGUUGCUUGUACCCUGGUACAUUCUGAAGAUAUAGAUUAGCGAGUUCUCCGGUCCAUUCUGUUCCGGUAAUGCCAUUAUGAAAAUGUCUCCUAAUCUCCCCACGCAGCCUUCCCAUGGUUUUAUCACUACAAUAGAGAGUUGAGCUGGAGACAUUAAACUGGUAAAAGAGAUGCUCUAGUGUUUUUUUCCCCCCUUUUCCAUAUUGCCAGGCUGCAUGACCUUACUCUGCUCAUCAGUUUCCUUCAUUACAGCAUCAAGCCUAGCGAGCGUACUGUGAUUAGUCCUAGAUUACCAUCCAGUCUGAGUCAUGCACUGCCAGGAAUGGAUAAUAAAACAAAUGCUACACAACUGACUCAGCCCAAGGCCUCAAUUCAUUUGCUCUCACAAACAAACCAUGGUGCACUAUUUUUGCCUUUCUCCUCGUACACAACGAGAUAGCGAGCACCUCUAUAUUAACACAGCAUGUAAUUAUUAUCAUAAUACAUUUAGCCCAUCUUUCUGUUUAUAAAUUGCCUCCAUUGAAAAAUAAUGAUUACACUUUGUUAGUGUGUCUAACGUUUAUCUUCUCUUGUUUCACAGCACUAGGUUAGUUGCAGUGCCACCAAUGGACCUAUAGGAGCUGGUGGAAGUUUACUUGGCGUUGCGUCUGCGUGGACCAGGCAGCAUGAAGAGCGAGGUGCCCUCUGAGGCCCAGGGCAGACAGGAGCACCUGAAGGGUCCGCUGGCCAACCCAGAGCCCAUGGAGACAGCCAAGAGCUUCCCUGCCAACAUGGAGGUGAUCGGCAAGGCAGGCAGCGAGUUUGCACCGCUGUGUGCCGAGACCAGGCACCGGCCCCUGAGGGACACAGUGGCCCGCAGAGACCCAGACAGGGGCCUGCCCGGACGCAAAAAGCGCAAGAGCCAACAGCCAGGGCCCUCGGACUGCUCCCUGAAGGAGGGUCGUGUCAGUGAGGGCUCUCUUCCCCUUCAGCGCCACCAGCCAGAUCUCUUGGAGCGCCGCAGCGAGGAUGAACGCAACCCAGAGUCCUCGUUCAGUGACUGUGCCUCCUCUCCCUCCUCCAGCCUGCGCUUCAGGGACUCGGACACUCUGAGCUCAGAGGAAGAGGUGGAGGCUGGAGGGACGGGAUCAGCAGGGGGACCACAGCCCCCACAGCAGGCGCCGGUCUCCACCACAGGGGGCGGGACAGGGGUGGGGCUGCGCACCAUUCUGGGUCGGACUCGGGGAAGCCGCUCUCAUAAGUGGGCACGGUCAGAGGCGGAGCCGGUGCCGGUGCUGCUGAAGCGGCCAUGUCUGAGCGGGCGGCGGCCACUGCAUAGGAAGCGGUUUGUGAAGGCUGGGCCCGGCGGCAUCCAGCGGACUCAGAAGCAGAAGGAGCGCCUGCUUCUCCAGAGGAAGAAGCGGGAGGUAAUCGCUCGCCAGAAGUACGCGCUGCUCCACAGCACAAGCAGCUCCAGUGAGGAGCUGACCAGCGAGUCAUCCUCGCCCUCGUCCACAGAGGCAGAGGACGAGCUGUAUGUGGACAUCAGCAGCAGUAGCAGCAGCCAGCCAAGCAGCGCAGCUGUGGCCACAGGUAAACUCACCAUCCGUGCUUCAGACCUUUUCUCUUGCACACACACAUUUUAAAUACUUUAUUUGAAUUACGCAUUACAGUCGAGAUGUAGUCAAACAUUUCAUAGGUCAUGGGUAUACAGUGAGGGAAAAAAGUAUUUGAUCCCCUGCUGAUUUUGUAUGUUUGUCCACCUGAUAAAGACAUGAUCAGUCUAUAAUUUUAAUGGUAGGUUUAUUUGAACAGUGAGAGACAGAAUAACAACCAAAAAAUCCAGGAAAAAAAGCAUUUCUAAAAUGUUAUAAAUUGAUAUGCAUUUCAAUGAGGGAAAUAAGUAUUUGACCCCUCUGCAAAACAUGACUUAGUACUUGGUGGCAAAACCCUUGUUGGCAAUCACAGAGGUCAGACGUUUCUUGUAGUUGGCCACCAGGUUUGCACACAUCUCAGGAGGGAUUUUGUUCCACUCCUCUUUGCAGAUCUUCUCCAAGUCAUUAAGGUUUCGAGGCUGACGUUUGGCAACUCGAACCUUCAGCUCCCUCCACAGAUUUUCUAUGGGAUUAAGGUCUGGAGACUGGCUAGGCCACUCCAGGACCUUAAUGUGCUUCUUCUUGAGCCACUCCUUUGUUGCCUUGGCCGUGUGUUUUGGGUCAUUGUCAUGCUGGAAUACCCAUCCACGACCCAUUUUCAAUGCCCUGGCUGAGGGAAGGAGGUUCUCACCCAAGAUUUGACGGUACAUGGCCCCGUCCAUAGUCCCUUUGAUGCGGUGAAGUUGUCCUGUCCCCUUAGCAGAAAAACACCCCCAAAGCAUAAUGUUUCCACCUCCAUGUUUGACGGUGGGGAUGGUGUUCUUGGGGUCAUAGGCAGCAUUCCUCCUCCUCCAAACACGGUGAGUUGAGUUGAUGCCAAAGAGCUCGAUUUUGGUCUCAUCUGACCACAACACUUUCACCCAGUUCUCCUCUGAAUCAUUCAGAUGUUCAUUGGCAAACUUCAGAUGGCCAUGUAUAUGUGCUUUGUUGAGCAGGGAGACCUUGCCGGCGCUGCAGGAUUUCAGUCCUUCACGGUGUAAUGUGUUACCAAUUGUUUUCUUGGUGACUAUGGUCCCAGCUGCCUUGAGAUCAUUGACAAGAUCCUCCCGUGUAGUUCUGGGCUGAUUCCUCACCGUUCUCAUGAUCAUUGCAACUCCACGAGGUGAUAUCUUGCAUGGAGCCCCAGGCCGACGGAGAUUGACAGUUCUUUUGUGUUUCUUCCAUUUGCGAAUAAUCACACCAACUGUUGUCACCUUCUCACCAAGCUGCUUGGCGAUGGUCUUGUAGCCCAUUCCAGCCUUGUGUAGGUCUACAAUCUUGUCCCUGACAUCCUUGGAGAGCUCUUUGGUCUUGGCCAUGGUGGAGAUUUUGGAAUCUGAUUGAUUGAUUGCUUCUAAUCUCAGCUUGUUACCUGUAUAAAAGACACCUGGGAGCCAGAAAUCUUUCUGAUUGAGAGGGGGUCAAAUACUUAUUUCCCUCAUUAAAAUGCAAAUAAAUUUAUAACAUUUUUGACAUGCGUUUUUCUGGAUAUUUUUGUUGUUCUUUUGUCUCUCACUGUUCAAAUAAACCUACCAUUAAAAUUAUAGAUUGAUCAUUUCUUUGUCAGUGGGCAAACUUACAAAAACAGCAGAGGAUCAAAUACUUUUUUCCCUCACUGUAUGGACACUUAUGAUGUUGCAGAGACAAACAUCUCAUACGUUUGUCCACAUUAGUCAAAGUCUGUGUUGCAUCACACCACAGUAAUAUGUGUUGUCAAAUUCAUUCAUGUCAAAUUAAUAUAAUGCAAGCUAAUUUCUGUGAAUCCACUUUGCUCAAAAUUGAGAUCAGUUGAUAUUUUUAGUCUCAGAGAAAAGACUGAGCAAAGGAAUGCAUGAAUGGCCUUCAGAAUGUACAUUUGCAAUGUGUACACAGCCUAGUCCUAUAGUUUUAUUCAGUCUCACUGUAACUGUAUUGGGGGGAAUAUAUUUGGCCUUUGUGUUAUUAUUCUCUGGAAGUGAGAUGUGUAGCCUGGGGGCCAAGCAACCAUUAAAAUGUUUUUGUUCCAUCUUGCUGAAAGAUGUCCUACCAGGGCUAUAAUAAGACACUCAGAAUUGGGAUUUCGUUUUUAAUUUGGUUUCUUUCACCAGGCCAGCAGCACUUUCGCUGUCUCUCUCUCUAGCCAGAACUGUGUUUUGUUUGCUGUCCCCCUCUCCUCCAUUAUUUGGAAAAACACUUGAUUUGGCAGUGAACAUCAACCGAAUGUUCGUUACACUCUAAAACACAUGACUACAGUAAAAUGUUACGUUGUUCAGAGAAAAUGAUCAAAAUAUACAUUCCUCCUCUGAUCGUGGAAGAGACAUUUUAAUCCCUGAGCCUAGUUUGGGUUGUGCCAGUCCUUCCCUGCUCUGUGUGCUCAACAGCAAUGAGAAAAGCUGCCUAAAUAUUGAUUGAUUGAAUUAGCUCAGUCAGAGUUAGGCUAUUUUAUGAACAAAGCACAAUAUCACAGGACUAGGAUGGGUGUGGGUAUAUCUGUGGGUGUAUCUGUGAAGAUUGAAUAAUCCGUUUUUUUUAUUUUUAGAUUCUAUCCACAGUGUUUGAGCUCUGUGCAGCUUUGUAGGCGCCAGGGGUAGAGGCAGUGAAAGUCCAGCAUUUUCCAUUAUUUUCAAAUCAAAUCCAAUGUUUAUUUAACACAUGCGCCGAAUACAACAGGUGUAGACCUUACAGUGAAAUGCUUAUUUACAAGCCCUUAACCAACAAUGCAGUUUUAAGAAAAAUAGUCUGGGUACUGGAUUAGAUGUUCAGGAGUCUGGAUUAGAUGUUCAGGAGUCUUAUGGCUUGGGGGUAGAAGCUGUUUAGAAGCCUCUUGGACCUAGACUUGGCGCACCGGUACCACUUGCCGUGCGGUGGUACCGGUGCGGGGCCUUCCUCUGACACCGCCUGGUAUAGAGGUCCUGGAUGGCAGGAAGCUUGGCCCCAGUGAUGUACUGAGCCGUACGCACUACCCUCUGUAGUGCCUUGUGGUUGGAGGCCGAGCAGUUGCCAUACCAGGCAGUGAUGCAAUCAGUCAGGAUGCUCUCAAUGGUGCAGCUGUAUAACCUUUUGAGGAUCUGAGGACCCAUGCCAAAUAUUUUCAGUCUCCUGAGGGGGAAUAGGCUUUGUCGUGCCCUCUUCACGACUAUCUUGGUGUGCUUGGACCAUGUUAGUUUGUUGGUGAUGUGGACACCAAGGCACUUGAAGCUCUCAACCUGCUCCACUACAGCCCCGUCGAUGAGAAUGGGGGCGUGCUCGGUCCUCUUGUUUCUCCUGUAGUCCACAAUCAUCUCCUUUGUCUUGAUCACGUUGAGGGAGAGGUUGUUGUCCUGGCAUCACACGGCCAGUUUUCUGACCUCCUCCCCAUAGGCUGUCUCGUCGUUGUCGGUGAUCAGGCCUACCACUGUUGUAUCAUCGACAGACUUAAUGAUGGUGUUGGAAUCGUGCCUGGCCAUGCAGUCAUGAGUGAACAGGGAGUACAGGAGGGGACUGAGGACGCACCCCUGAGGGGCCCCAGUGUUGAGGAUCAGCGUGGCGGAUGUGUUGUUACCUACCCUUACCACCUGGGGGCGGCACGUCAGGAAGUCCAGCAUCCAGUUACAGAGGGAGGUGUUUAGUCCCAGGGUCCUUAGCUUAGUGAUGAGUUUUGAGGGCACUAUGGUGUUGAACGCUGAGCUAUAGUCAAUUAAUAGCAUUCUCACAUAGGUGUUCCUUUUGUCCAGGUGUGAAAGGGCAGUGUGGAGCGCAAUAGAGAUUGCAUCAUCUGUGGAUCUGUUGGGGCGGUAUGCAAAUUGGAGUGGGUCUAGGGUUUCUGGGAUAAUGGUGUUGAUGUGAGCCAUGACCAGCCUUUCAAAGCCCUUCAUGGCUACAGACGUGAGUGCUACGGGUCGGUAGUCAUUUAGGCAGGUUACCUUGGUGUUCUUGGGCACAGGGACUAUGGUGAUUUGCUUGAAACAUGUUGGUAUUACAGACUCAGACAGGGAGAGGUUGAAAAUGUAAUUGAAGACACUUGCCAGUUGGUCAGAGCAUGCUCUGAGUACAUGUCCUGGUAAUCCGUCUGGCCCUGCGGCCUUGUGAAUGUUGACCUGUUUAAAGGUCUUACUCACAUCCGCUACGGAGAGCGUGAUCACACAGUCGUCCGGAACAGCUGAUGCUCUCAUGCAUGUUUCAGUGUUACUUACCUCGAAGCGAGCAUAUAAGUAAUUUAACUCUGGUAGGCUCGUGUCACUGGGCAGCUCGCGGCUGUGCUUCCCUUUGUAGUCUGUAAUAGUUUGCAAGCCCUGCCACAUCCGACGAGCGUCGGAGCCGGUGUAGUACGAUUCGAUCUUAGUCCUGUAUUGACGCUUUGCCUGUUUGAUGGUUCGUCUGAGGGCAUAGCGGGAUUUCUUAUAAGCGUCCGGGUUAGAGUCCCGCUCCUUGAAAGCGGCAGCUCUACCCUUUAGCUCAGUGCGGAUGUUGCCUGUAAUCCAUGGCUUCUGUUUGGGGUAUGUACGUACAGUCACUGUGGGGACGACGUGGUGUACUCCUCUAUGCCAUCGGAAGAAUCCCGGAACAUAUUCCAGUCUGUGCUAGCGAAACAGUCUUGUAGCUUAGCAUCUGCUUCAUAGCUCUUGUGCAGUGGAAUACACACAGACAAGUUAAGCCCAAGGGUUUGCUGGAAUAUGACCCCUGGGCCAUGGCCAAGCCUUUUAGGCUGAAAAUGCCUGAAACAAAGAGGGCUAUGUUCAAGAGACAUUUCCGUUUUUUCCUCUCAUAUUCAUAUACCUCUUUAUGAACCUCUGAGGCCAGCUCUUCAGCAGUUACCAUGAACAUACAUGCUUUGAUGGAGCUCUAAUGUAUGUGUUUCACUUUGAGACUUACAAAUGAGGGCUGUGCGUCGCUCGCUAUAGAAUGGUCCGGCGCUGCACACGCACAUUUCAAGUUUCAGACUAUGUAUGCACAUUUGAAUUUCCUGUUGAGUAGCAAUAGCACCUUCCCUCCCACAUAUCUCACUCAUUAUUAUGUAGCACAUUCGCUUUGUUCUACCAAGGUCACUCACUGGCUCCUCUCGAUCACACCUCUGAGUCACCCUGACCUGUGAAUACCUGUGGAAAAUAGACUUUGCAUGCAAGGUGGGUAGGUAUUGCUGAUGGGGGAUAACCGACCUCGCACCAAAAGGGCAAUGUCCACGUCCCCGCUCUGCUACCCGGAGCUCCAACCCAGGCAGCCCAGAAACCUGUGUCUGAGCUGCAGGUGUCUGGGUUUAUGCACCCAGCUUGUCUUCCCAUAUCACACCACAGUACAGCAGAGUAGAGGAGCACAGCACGCCUCUGACAACCACCUGCUGUUUCCUGAGCUGCACCGCUACAACACUUGACAAAGAAUGUACUUUUUCAAGAAACUCUUAAUUUUCCAUUCCUACUUUCCCCUCUUUCCCCUCUCUCAGUUGAAUGUCUUCAUGUACCUAAGCUGUAAUAGUGUUUCCACUAAGUGGCCCUGGGGAAGGAUCGACGGGGUCAUGGGGAGAGUCUUUGCUAUGGGAAGUAGGUGGGUGGAGAGGACUGACAAGCACUGAGCUCUAAGCCCCACUGUAGCCUGCUUGGAAACAACAAGGGCUCUCAGAGGAGAAACUAUGCCAAUGUUUAUAGCAGAGGAGAGGAAGGAGGCAGUCGGUAGAGAUGGCUCUCUAUUGGCUAGAGGAGGGGAUGAAUGUAAUGGCCAUAUAAAGGCCCAAUCACAGAGCUGCCUAUAGUCAUCAGACUUCAAAUACAUGGACAUUACAUUUACAUUUUACAUUUUAGUCAUUUAGCAGACGCUCUUAUCCAGAGCGACUUACAGUUAGCGCAUACAUUAUUUUAUCGAACCCACAACCCUGGCGUUGCAAACGCCAUGCUCUACCAACUGAGCUACAUCCCUGCUGGCCAUUCCCUCCCCUACCCUGGACAACGCUGGGCCAAUUGUGCGCCGCCCCAUGGGUCUCCCGGUCAUGACAGGAGUGUUUUAGUACUGUAAUUCCUGUAUUCAUGUCACAAUAUAGACAUAUGCCCUGCAGUAGGGUACAAAAAUCAUGACAGUUCUAUACAUGACAUUUCUAUCGGCAACUGAUCAUACUGUGUGUUACGCUAAACUGCAUACACCCCUGAGGUCACAAUCUGCCUUCUCUCAACUGCAAAAUGGAGAAUACAAACACUACACACUGAAAUAAAUCUCUAUUCAAAGCAAGCAGCCAGGACAUUUCUCUUAUUUGUCCAUGUCAAUAGUCACAUCGGCCAUUGUUCAGUUUAGAUGUGAGGUCAUAUAGUCUUCUUAUUUACAUUCCCUGAACCAGGAAGUGUUUGUGUAGAGCUGUAUGUUUCAUGAGGGAGAGGGGUAGCUAGGCUAGGAGAGGGUUGCUGCACCCACUGGACCACUGCAAUAGAACUCACUCAGGGGAGUACUGAUGUUCACUAGAGCAACAAAGGCACUGCUCACUGCACAGAGACACACAAACAACACAGCAUCAAUGAGGCAAUACAUGGCACAGUUGAACCUAAUGUAAAUAAUACACAGUGGACUAGAAUGAAUUAUUUUUAAUCUGUAAAGAUAUGGCUGUAGAUCAAACAGACAGCGAGUAUAAGGGUCACAUUUAGAACUAGCUGUUUGGGGUGGUGUGACAAAAACAACAAGCCUCUUGCCUUCCUGGUUGCAACGUGAUGAAAUGUUUAAGUGUAUUGAACACACCCGGGCCUCUUCCUGACAGUGAGGACAGGUCAGGCAUGGCUGGAAUGAGAACUGGAACGAGAGAUACUGGAAUGGGGACCAAUCAAAGUGCAGAUGCAGAGAUUGCACUGCAAAUCCCCAAUCCUGCAAACAGUGGAGAGCGGAGCAGCAUUUACUGACCUACAUUUCACACAGGCCCAGUACACAGACUGUUAGCCUGCACACAGACGCCACAAUCACUAUUCAUUUAUACUGAUACUGAUACUCCUUCCUAUUUAGCUUUGGGUGUGUUUCUCCCCUGGUGAGGAAGAAACACCAGAGGAUGCUGGUGGAGGUUGUUUAUGUUGCUGUGGAACACAUGAGCUGAUGCGUUGUCAACCAGCCAUCUUAGCAACAGAGCCUGCUAUAUACAGCUACAGACAUGUCUAACCUCUCUGGAAUUAACUGCAUACUAAAACGGCUACAAUUGUAUUUACGUGAAGUGAAUUUCCGGCCACUUUAUAUGAAUACAGUCCAAGGUUCUCAGGUAGCAAAGAAUCUUAUUUUUAUCAGUUCAAAAAUGUUUACAUAAGAACUUACAGGUCAAAUUGACGGAUCUCUCUCCGCAGUAUACUCUUAUUAUUAUCUAUCUGGAUGCCUAGUCACUUUACCCUGCCUUCAUGUAGAUACACUACAGGACCAAAAGUAUGUGGGCUGUGGACACCUGCUCGUCGAACAUCUCAUUCCAAAAUCAUGGCCAUUAAUAUGGAGUUGGUCCCCCCUUCGCUGCUAUAACAGCCUCCACUCUUCUUUGAAGGCUUUCCACUAGAUGUUUGAACAUUGCUGCGGAGACUUGCUUCCAUUCAGCCAUGAGCAAUAGUGAGGGUGGUCACUGAUGUUGGGUGAUUAGGCCUGGCUCGCAGUCGGCGUUCCAAUUCAUCCCAAAGGUGUUUGAUAAGGUUGAGGUCAGGGCUCUGUGCAGGCCAGUCAAGUUCUUCUAAACCGAUCUCGACAAACCAUUUCUGUAUGGACCUCGCUUUGUGCACGGGGGCAUUGUCAUGCUGAAACAGGAAUGGGCGCACAGAAUCGUUCUAGAAUGUCAUUGUAUGCUGUAGCGUUGAUUUCCCUUCACUGGAACUAAGGGGCCUAGCCCAAACUGUGAAAAACCCCAGACCAUUAUUCCUCCUCCACCAAACUUUACAGUUGGCACUAUGCAUUCGGGCAGGUAACGUUCUCCUGGCAUCCAGAUAGUGAAGCGUAAUUCAUCACUCCAGAGAACACGUUUCACACUGCGUUGUGCCAUGUGGCGUGUGGGAGCUUACCACACCUUUAGAGCCCGAGCUUUUGGCAUUGCGCCAGGUGAUCUUAGGCUUGUGUGGGCUGCUUGUUGCCAUGGAAACCCAUUUCAUGAAGCUCCCGAAUAACAGUUUUUGUGUUGACGUUGCGCUUACAGUUGACCGGGGCAGCUCUAGCAGGGCAGAAAUUUGACGAACUGACUUGUUGGAAAGGUGGCAUUCUAUGACGGUAACACGUUGAAAGUCACUGAGCUCUUCAGUAAGGCUAUUCUACUGCCAAUGUUUGUCUAUGGAGAUUGCAUGGCUGUGUGCUCGAUUUUAUACACCUGUCAGCAACGGGUGUGGCUGAAAUAUCAGAAUCCACUAAUUUGAAGGGGUGUCCACAUACUUUUGUGUAUAUAUAGUGUAUCUACCUCAAAUACCUCGUACCCCAGCACAUUGAUCUGGUACUGGUACUCCCUGUAUAUAGAUCCAUUCUUGUGUAUUUUAUUGUAUUCCUCGUGUUAGUUACUGUUUAUUUUUCUAUUUUACUCUGCCUCGUUGGGAAAGAUUCUUAAGCAAGUGUUUCACUAUAAAGUCUACACCAGUUGUAUCCGGCGCAUGUGAUUAAUAACAUUUGAUUUGACUGUGUGUUGUGUUCUAGGUUCUCUGGAUGAGGACGUGGUGGUGAUCGAGGCGACCCCUGCACCCCCUGUCCCAGCCAGCGAGGAGAUCAACGUCACCUCCACCGACAGCGAGGUGGAGAUAGUCAACGUAGGAGAUGGCUUCAGGUGAGCACCUUCCCCUGUCUCCUCUCUGAGGAGAUCAAUGCUGUACAGAGAUAAUGAACCACAGUGGAAAAUUGAAUGUAAAUGAGAUGGUAAAGUAAUUUGGCUGUGAAAUCCUCUUUCUCGGGAGAAAAAACAUCCAUCUCAAUAUUUCCCCGCUUUUAAGCUGUGAAAGCAGUCAAAAUGGCAGCAGCCUUCAUUGGUGUCCUGAGAGAGCCUGGCCCUGCAGUAUUGACAGUACUUUAUCACCGUGGCUCUGUCGAUAUAAUCACAGUCAACUGUGGUGGGUCUAGUAGAGGCUCGCUGAGCACUGGCUUCUCAUCAAGUGUCAUAACAUUUACUGAGACUGCUGAAUAGGGCUGGGGUAGUGUUUUCCAGGGUACCUCAGAAAUGCCGUGUAGGCUCUCAGUGUUGUUUGGCCCCUAUGGAGAAGCUGCUGGUAUCACUAUGGCAGGGGAGAUAUUGCACAUCUGGGAUUGGCCGUGAAGCUGGCAGGCUGCAUCAUUGCGCUGGCAUUCCACAGCUCUCCAAGCUGUUGCUAUCGGUGUCUUUUUCAAGGGCAAGGCUUCCAGACAAUAAUACACAAGCUCUCUCCCCAUCCUCCAUGAAAAAUCUAACGAGAGACCCUCUCUCCCCCCAGGGCAUUCUCAUCUAACCCUCAGUUCACUCUGAUCCAGGCCCAGUUACCUCUGAUCCCCCUGUCAGGGAACUCCAGGUCCAGUUCAAGGGUCUCUCUGGUACAGUCUGAUCUAGAGAACCAGGACAUCAGAUCCAGGUGGAUUUGCUUUUCUCCUCUCCUCGCGGCACGCUCUCCUGAACCAAUAUGAUUACUAAAACAUGGGAAAUAAAUGCCAGCUGGUUACAGGUUACCAGGGCUUUUGGCAGGCUUUGUGAAGUGGGUACCGUCAGAGGCCUCUAGUCAAAUCCCAGAGUGUAGUCUUUCUACAUAGACCUUGGCCUACAUGAUUUCUCUAUCUGACUCCUGUGAGAUGUCUUCUGAAAAUGCUCUCUGCCAUGACCUGAGGAGAGUUGAUAUCAUGCAUUGGGACUUUUACAGCAGUGCAAGUAUGAGUGUGCUAUGCUACGGUAUAUCUGUUCUGUUUCACUGUUAUAGUGGCGUUCCUCUCUGAGUUGUUUCUGUUUAUUGUCGUUCCCCGUGUCUUUCUCUCCUUGAACCCCUCUCCUCUCUUUAAUUGUUAUUGAGGUGCCUUGGUGCAUAGCGCUGAGAGUCAUUUCCACCAGCUUGAUUCCAUUAUCCCACCCUCUGCUGCCAGAAAUAGCAAGGCCUGUGAAUUUCACUCCUGCCAGCAAAGUCACUCUGUCAACCCAAAUGAAUUGCUCUCUGUUUGUGAUAUGCGUUGUCUCUCGUGAGACAAAUGAGCAGAAUAGAUAUCAGGGGAGUAAAGUAAACAAAUAAAUCUGCAUAGGUGAUUUUCUUUAUCCUUUUUAGCCCAUUGCUGGUCAAAAUACUGUUCUGACACUUAAAAAUACUUGAACAAGCAACAUCGUGCAUGUUUACUGAAUAGGCAAAUUAUCUCAACGCUGUGCCUGUCACGAAUCUCUAGAUGUCCACAAAGCAUACCAUAGGCCUAAAGAUCAGGAGUGGCCAGUCCACUGAGCCCAGUGCAUUUGAAUGUGUUUUCCAUUGAAUCUGAAUGGUAUUCAGAUGUUCAGGGUGGUAGUAAGGCCUAUUGAUGAGGGGAAUGGAUGGCUGACUGGAGAGGAGAGAGAGCGAGGCUGCUAGUAAUCCCAGGUGAGCCUCCAAGCUGCUGUGUCCUUGACUGAGACACUCAUUUGCUUCAGUAAAUACUCAGCUAACUACAUUAAUGCUAACUUAAUGAGGCUGUCAUUCACUUGCAUGUUAGGGGAUUGGUUGGUUCCUGUCGCUGUAUAGUGUGUUAACUUGCUAGCUAAUCCACCUUGUGUAAUUAUGCUCCUAACUAAUGCAAUCCAUGGCAUAGCAUACUAGCAUUGUUAGCCAUAAGCUUAUGUUAUGUUUUGUUAAGCCCCGUCAUUAUGCUUUCAGGAAGACAAUCAUCCAAAUAUGGCCUCCUCUCUGCUGGCUAGAGAGGAGAUACACAGCACAGCCAUGUCAUGGAGUGUUCUGUGUAAACAGGCCCGUUGGGGCCAGAGAAGGUUCUAGAAGCCUCUCAGUCUCUCUGGUAUGACCAUUCAUGUGGCAUCACUCCCCAUUAUUUUCAGGAUGAGGAGCCCCCUCCUCACUCUACAGACAACACUAAAAUAUAAUAUAAUACAUUGUGUCUGCAAGGAAAGUGAUCAUGUUGUUUUCAAGCGUAGGUUUUUAGAUGUAGGAUAUUUGUUCUGUAUGUAGGGCAGUGCAAUGAAGUGUUGAGUAGUGUCUGGUUCCCAGAAUGGGGCCCUCUGUGUGAAACCUAAGGUCAGUGGUGGUGCUCCCUCUCUCAGGCUCUGACUGUCGAUGUGACUCAUCUCAAGGCUCCCAGCUCUCUGUCUAUGUGUGUGUGUGUGUGUGGACUUUGUGUUCUGUGUGUUUGGACUGUGCCUGUUUGCUGUGUGCUGUGAGUGGAAUGCAGGGAGUGGGUGAAAGCGGGGUGGGGGGGGGACCAGAGCAGGAAACAAGAAGAGUAAUAACAUACUGUUGGUUAGUAGUGUUGAGGAAGUGUGAGGCCUUCUGAAUGAGCAGUUAAAGAACAGGUUUAGAGACUAGUUAAGGCUGCUGUGGAGUGGAAUAACAGGGGGCCAUGCAGGGUCUCUCCAUAGCUCUGCAUAGUGCAUAGCAUACCCAGAGAAGAGCAGCACUGGGGAGCAGACCACAUGCCUCCGGUUGUUUUUAGCAGUGAAGCCAAGUACCCCCCCCCCCUUCCAGAGGCCAGCUCAUCUGACCACUCUUUCUGGGCCCACCAUCUCAGUGAGCCCAUUCUGCAGGUCUGGAACCCCAAUGGAGAAUUUCACCCACUUGGCUUGACUGACUGGAGUGGCCCUGUUAAUUUCUCCCAUUCUCUCUCUCCUCUCUCUCUUCAUUCUCUCUCUCCCCAUGUUCCCUCUGUCCCACAGACACGCGAUUAGCUUGCCCGUGAUUGAUUGUUCCCUGACAGUGCUCCUCUGUAGAUUAAUUCAGGUUGUGCAGAGUGACUUAUUUUAAACGUCGUUAUCCAGGAGUUGAUAAGGCAAAACGUGCCUGGCCUUUUCAGAAAUAUUCAGGGGGGAAGAGAUCAGUAAGGGCCUUCAAGAAAUGAAAAAAGGCUGUCUCUUUCUGAGAACUUCUAAAUAUUUGGAGUGUGAUACAGAUGGGUUUACGUAAGCAUUGCUCUCUCUCUCCCUCAAUAUCUUGGUCUUCCCUGGCACCCCAUCCCUCUCUCUCAAUCUCCAUCCUCCCUCUCUGGUGCUUCCUCACUUGCUCUAUCACUCUUCCUCCCUCACCCUCUCGCUCUCCCUUAAUCUCCCUCCCUCCUCUCUCUAUUUCUCUCUUUCUCUCUCCCUUUAUCUCCCUCCCUCCCAUGGCUCUCUCUCGCCACUUCUCUCGCUCUCUCCCUCCUCUAUCUUCAUUCUCUCCCUCUCUCUUCAUGCUAGGUUGACCAUAUUCUCCCUAGGUAUUUCCGCGAAGUGAAUGAGCAGAGUGUAGAUAGGGGAGGUUGUGUGUGUGUGUUUUUAUCUCCCCAUCUCUGCCUGCACCUCCCAGAGAUGCUCUGGCUUGCAGGAGAAUGCAGAGAAGGGCCGUUUCUGAAGGGGGAGGGCUAGCGAGGAGCACUAGGUGUGGGGGUCAAAGGGCAGCAGGAUGAGCAAUGACGGUUUUCCGCUGAAAGAUUCUUUGUUUACAGUGCAGAGGCCAAUGAUUGGGAUAGAGGGUGUGUGUAUGUGUCUGUAUGCAUGCGUGCCAUAUUCAGUAUCAGCGAAGGCUUUGGGUUUUGGUGCAGAACAUGCAGCUCACUCUUCCGUCUUGCUGCGAUGUAGUGCCAGAUGUUUCCUAUUGUUUAUGGUUUCCACACAGUCCAUUUAGUCCCUUAAUUGUGUUGCCCCUCCCCCUCCCCCCACUACCAUAGCCUUUGUACACAGUCCAUAGAUCCCGUCCCUGCAGUUAGCCCAACAUUACCGCACUGUCGAGCAUUCUUUAAGCCCCCAGGCAUUUGGCAGAGAGUGCGUGGAGAUGUCAAAAACCUGGUCCUGCCAAGCCCCCAGUUCCCACUGUGUUCAUGUUUACUGUGUUCUGUUUUCCCCUCGCCUCCACCCCUCAGAGGCCACGGUGGUAAACAGGUAUUUACAAAAUAAUCCCAGGUCUACGUUGUGGGUAAUUAGGUGCUUGUCCCUGGUGGGCUGGCCUGCUCCCUAGGCCCCGAGGAGGGAGACAGGAGGAGGUGGGCUGGCCUGUUCCCUGGGCCCAGAGGUGGGAGAGAGGAGGAGCAGGUGCCAAUUACACUGCAAUCAAGCCACAUCUCUACUGGUUCUCUGUGUGUACCACCCUCACUGCUCCACAUGGUGUGUGUGCGAGUGUGAACUGCCCCAUGGGACAUGCCGUCAGAAAUUGCACUAAUAGGUUUUUGUUGCCUUCCGUUCCUUUUCCUUUGUUGUGAAGCUUGUCCGUCUGACAGGAAAUGGAAUGGGCUGCAGUAUGAGCUAAUGGGAAUCCCCCCACAGCACAGCACCGAUGCAGCCCACAGCAGUGAGAAUGGCAUUUCCUCUGCUGAAUGGUGUGAGUGGACACUCUCACAGCACUCUCUCCCAUGCCUGCUUAUUAUAAGGACUUCUUAGGCCUACAUGGCCUUGUGUGUGUGUGUGUGUGUGUGUGUAUGGCCUUGCUAUUGUUGUGUGCACACACACACUGGUCUCACUGGAAUAUCAGCAGCCCACCAUGCUUGUCUGUAAUCGUAUUGUUUGGCGGUUUUAAUGAUGCAACCUGUGGUUAAGGGGUUCCAGCAGCAGCCCUGUGUUGAGAGGAGCAGGGGUCUCUCUUCUCUUGGCACUCCCCUUCCCUUAGCCUGGUUUACUGUUCUCUCUCUGGGAAAAACACUGCUGUUCCCCAGCCUCAUCUCUCCAUGACGGGCUGCUUUACGGCAGGCACUCUAUCCCCUAGGCUCCUCCCCCCCUCAUCCUGCUUUACGGCACACUGAUACUCUCUGGACUCCCACAUCACUCCGAGAGAGAGAGGGAGGAGGAAAGAGUGAGGCAGUGAGAUGGGGGGGGGGGGGUGAAGACUGCAAAAGGGAGAGAGAAAGAGAGAGCACAGUCAAUUAUUCACAAUGGUUGUGACUUAAGCAAAUGUGCGUGGUAGAUGAGGUUAAAUGAGGUAGAUGUGUUGGAUGUUGAAUUGUGUUUUCCACAAGGUUGUUUUGCAGUUUGUUAGUGGGUGUGGUGGAUGAAGCCACGUGUUUAAAACAAACGUGAUAUUUCUGUGUGGUUCUCAAAGGUGUGCACAGCUGUGUGUGUGUCUCUCAUGCACACGGCUGUGUGUAACCUAUGUCUUUUUGAAUUAGCUGCAGCUCCAGCUCUCAUGUCAGCUGGCUCUUAUUUCCAUUCCACCGAGCGUUCCAGCAGCUCCCAAAGUGAGCCUGAUUGUGCUCAACACACAGAAAGAGCAGUGUGGCCCAUCCCCCACCUCCAAAUGACAACGCUUCAACUUUCAUUUUACUACAUGAUAAAUGACAUCAUAUAAAAUGAUCCGUUCUUCAUAUAUUUAUUUAUACAAGAGAUUUGCUUCGGGAGGAAAAACGGGCUGAAUUGUCUGGAUUUUCACACUUCUCCAUGAAGUCCUAUGGACUGGAUCUCAUCCACUGUGUGGUCAUCAAUAUCAUAGAAUUGUUACAAUAUCAUAGCCCAAGCCCAGGGCCCAUAUAACCUGGCAUUAUCAGCUUGAUCCCAGUCAGUCUGAAAACUAAAGCCUUGUUUAAUCUGGUUGUUUGCCCCCCUCUUCUCUCCUCUCCUCCAUCUCUAACUGGCUGUGUUUGUGUCCACAGGCCUCGCUCGGUGGGAGGCCAUGGCAGGAUGUACUGGGGCCCCAGCUGCUCCCAGAACCGGCCCCAGGAGUCACGCGGCCGCCACCGCCUCUCUACCGUCAUCCAGCCUCUGCGCCAGAGCGCCGGGGAGGUGGUGGACCUCACAGUGGACGAGGAUGGUGAGCAUGAGGACGCAACGACCCCCAAUACCACUCUGAGAUGGACUAUAUGAUAUAACAGCCACAUAGAGCUCCUAGACUUAGACUCAGGCCUCUGUUUUUCCACUGUCUUUUCUUUCAAAGCUAGGCUCAUUCGUCUUUCAACACAAAGGCGAGUUUACAGUAGUCCUUUGAGGCAUUUGUCCUCUUAAGAAGGACAAAGUCAUUUUCCUAUGAACAACAUAUACAAGGGUUGCAUAUACUUGUGUGUGUGUGUGUGUCUCUCACACUCUCUCACACACACACACACACACACACACACACAGAUACAGAGAAGCAAGUUUACUCUUGAGGCAGAAAGAAAAUAGAUCUGGUGAUUAUAUGUGUAAAAAUCAAUUACAUUGGGAACAGCUUUUUCAUAGAUGCUGCAUACGAUAGCCGGCCUGUCGCACAGCAUAUGAAUGUGGCCAUCCAAUACUAGGAUUUAGAUGAGUUUAAUGCUUUCUUACAUGAUCUGGCUCAACACUGCGUAGGGGGUUGGGAAAUAUUACAUGUCAAAUUUAAAUACUCUCAUUUACACGCUAUUGUUUAAUAGGAUUAUCUAGCUUCUUCCACACAUCUAUCCAAACUUGGGAGCGAGUGGGUGUCGCUAACUUGAAUAAGAAUUGUCCGGUCAUCACAAUUCAAUUUGAAAUGUUCCCGUAAGCGAGCACCGUUUAAUAAUGAUGAAUCUAUCUUUUCAUCAAAUGGAGGAAUAUUAAUAGCGACCGUGCCCCUGAGAGCGACUUCUCUUUCAUUGGUUGGUUUAACACAUCAACCCAAUGUCGUUUCAUACUGUAAAUCCUAUCAUGUUUGUAACUUGAUAAAAUGUCCCAGUAAUGCCAGCCACCUGGAGCAGUAGCCAUAAGCAUGCUCUUCAUUGUAACUGUAUAGGCAUUAGGCACAAUGAAUGAAAUACACCUGGCAGUAUUAAAGCUUAUGUGGGUUAAGGGUUUCACUCUGGAUUCAGGGGAACUACAGCCGACUCCUGAUGAGUAUAGCCUACAUUGAAUUACAAAGUCCAUUGAAGAGCUGUAUAUUUAAUCAUCCCCAAUUCAAAUACGUACAUUAUUCUCACCAGACGUAUAGGCCUACUCCAGUGCAGUUCAUUCAUUCAUGACAGCCCCAAGCCAUUGCAUAUAGGUGCUGUUCAAUAAAUUAGAAUAUUGUGGAAAGGUUAAAUAUUUUCAAUAAUUAAAUUGACAAAGUGAAACUCAUAUAUAUCGUGGAUUAAUUACACAAAAAGUGAAAUAGUUCAAGGCUGUAUUUGUUUUAAUCUUGAUGAUUAUGGCUUACAGCUCAUGAAAACCCAAAAUUCAGUAUCUCAGAAAAUUUUAAUAUUGUGAAAAAGUUCAAUAUUGAAGACUCAAGGUGUCACACUCUAAUCAGCUAACUAACUCAAAACACCUGCAAAUGUUUCCUGAGCCUUUAAAUGGUCUCUCAGUCCAGUUCAGUAGGCUUCACAAUCAUGGGGAAGACUGCUGACUUGACAGUUGUGCAGAAGACAGUCAUCAACACCCUCCACAAGGAGGGAAAGGCUCAAAAGAUCAUUGCUAAAGAAGCUGGCUGUUCACAGAGUGCUGUAUCCAAGCGUAUUCAUGGAAAGUCGAGUGGAAGGAAGAAGUGUGGUAGGAAAAGGUGCACAAGCAACAGGGAUAACCGGAGCCUUGAGAGGAUUGUCAAGCAAAGGCCAUUCAAAAAUGUGGGGGAGCUUCACAAGGAGUGGACUGAGGCAGGAGUCAGUGCAUCAAGAGCCACCAUGCACAGACGUAUCCAGGAAAUGGGCUACAACUUUCGCAUUCCUCGUGUCAAGCCACUCCUGAACCAGAGGCAACGGCAGAAGCGUCUUACCUGGGCUAAGGAGAAAAAGAACUGGUCUGUCGCUCAGUGGUCCAAAGUCCUCUUUUCAGAUGAAAGUACAUUUUGCAAUUCAUUUGCCAAUCAAGGUCCCAGAGUCUGGAGGAAGAGUGGAGAGGCACAGAAUCCAAGUUGCUUGAAGUCCAGUGUGAAGUUUCUACAGUCAGUGAUGAUUUGGGGAGCCAUGUCAUCUUCUGGUGUUGGUCCACUGUGUUUCAUCAAGUCCAAAGUCAACUCAGCCGUCUACCAGGAAAUGUUAGAGCACUUCAUGCUUCCUUCUGCUGACAAGCUUUAUGGAGAUGCUGAUCUAAUUUUCCAGCAGGACUUGGCACCUGCCCACACUGCCAAAGGUACCAAUACCUGGUUCAAUGACCAUGGGAUUACUGUGCUUGAUUGGCCAGCAAACUCGCCUGAUCUGAACCCCAUAGAGAAUUUAUGGGGUGUUGUCAAGAGGAAGAUGAGAGACACGAGAUCCAACAAUGCAGACGAGCUGAAGGCCGCUAUCGAAGCAACCUGGGCUUCCAUAACACCACAGCAGUGCCACAGGCUGAUCGACUCCAUGCCACGCCGCAUAGAUGCAGUGAUUCAUGCAAAAGGAGCCCCAACCAAGUACUGCCUGCAUGUACAAGAACAUACUUUUCAGAAGGCUGACAUGUCUGUAUUACUUUUCCUUUUUUCACUGGUCUUAUGUCAUAUUCUAAUUUUCGGAGAUACUGAAUUUGGGGUUUUCAUGAGCUGUAAGCCGUAAUCAUCAAGAUUAAAACAAAUACAGGCUUAAACUAUUUCACUUUUUGUGUAAUUAAUCCACGAUAUAUAUGUGUUUCACUUUGUCAAUUGAAUUAUUUAAAUUACUUAACUUUUCCACAAUAUUCUAAUUUAUUGAGCUUCACCUAUAUACACCUUUUAAAAAUGACCUAAAAACCCUCCACUUUAGGAAGGUCCUCUGUUACAUAUAGCUGUGUUCCUUGUUCCUUGUAGUGUCAACUGGGUUCUUUGUUUCAGUUGCCCUGUCUAGUUGUGUUUGUUUUGUGUUUGUGGUCCUCUGUAGCUCAGCUGGUAGAGCACGGCGCUUGUAACGCCAAGGUAGUGGGUUCGAUCCCCGGGACCACCCAUACACAAAAAAAAAUUAUGCACGCAUGACUGUAAGUCGCUUUGGGUAAAAGCGUCUGCUAAAUGGCAUAUUAUUAUUAUUAUUAUUAUUAUUAUUUUGAUUUAUUUCUAUGAGAUAGUUUUUCAAUGAAAAGCGCAUUAUAAAUUCAAUGUAGUAUUAUUAUUAUGUAUCAGGUGUUAACUGACUGUUUUUGUAAUGGCUUUAAAAUUCCAACAUCCUACAUAUCUCUGGCUAAUGGCUAUGUUUUGCCGGACCAGUUUGCCCUCUAACCUGAGGCAUUAGUAAACCAGACCAAAGCAUUAAUGUGACUUAAAAGUCCAAUUUGGUGCAUUCUCUUUAUGGUCUCGCGCCGUGUGAAUGAUAACAGAAUAGCAGAGCAAUGUGAGAUAUGAGUGCAUUUGCAUUUCUUUUGAGGAGGAGGAAAAAUUAAUUUGUGAGUAUGAAAAGCAGAUGGAGUGCACACUCUGGAAUGCUAAUGAGUCUCUUCUUCUCCCUGGCUGCCAAGCCACUGCAGUCAGUCUACACACCAGGGUUUCCAUUAGCUUUUGGCUGAUUUUAAAAUAAAUAAAUAGAAAAGCAGAUAAAUAAAAUUGCUGUGUGUAUAGAAGGCCUACACUGAGUGUACAAAACAUUAGGAACACCUUCUUAAUAUUCAGUUGCACCCCCUUUUGCCCUCAGAACAGCCUUCAAUUCGUCGGGGCAUGGACUCUACAAGGUGUCGAAAGCAUUCCACAGGGAUGCUGGCCCAUGUUGACUCCAAUGCUUCCCACAGUUGUUUCAAGUUGGCUGGAUGUCAUUUGGGUGGUGGACCAUUCUUGAUACACACAGGAAACUGUUGAGUGUGAAAAACCCAGCAGCGUUGCAGUUCUUGACACACUCAAACCAGUGCGCCUAGCACCUACUACCAUAUCCUGUUCAAUGGCACUUAAAUAUUUUGUCUUGCCCAUUCACCCUCUGAAUGGCACACAUACACAAUCCAUGUCUCAAUUGUCUCAAGGCUUAAAAAUUCUUCUUAAACCUGUCUCCUCCCCAUCUACACUGAUUUGAAGUGGAUUUAACAAGUGCCAUCAUAGCUUUCACCUGGAUUCACCUGGCCAGUCUGUCAUGGAAAGAGCAUGUUUUGUUCACUCCGUGUAUAUUUGUUAUGUAGGCAUAUCUUAUUUAUCACAUGCCUACAGCAUACAGAUACAGAGCCUUUGAGCUGAAAAUCUGUCAGACAGCGCGAGAGCUGCUGCUGCUACAGCAUCUCAAACAGCAAAUGCAUAGUCAGUGGAAGGUAGGCUACAUCCGCGCGUCACACACCACUUUGCAAGGAGCUGGAGGCAGUAUGCAUUUUUAAAACAUAGUUAAUUGUUUGAAACCUGAAUGUUAAUCUACAUAUUAUCAGGCAAGUCUUACCUUGCUUCAAAGUAGCCUAGCCAAAAUCAGACCAUAUCUGUGGAGGCAAUUAUUUUAUAUCAACUUUCUUUCAUUGUCCAGUAGUCGAAGGCACAAUCCUAUUCAUAUUAGCAACCCAUGCAGGUUGUUGCAUGUUAGAUCUCCCCUCUUUCUACAUUUCCGCAAUCAGGUGUGCGGUGCCGUUCUGACAAGUGUUUUCCUGCUAACUGCGUUAUGGAACUAACAUUCAUACAUAGUCUACUUCCUUGUGCACAUUGGUGCGCAUAUAAUGUGAAGAAAUAAUAGUUUGAUCAACGUUUUAAGCUAAACGUUCUGAUCUGUUGCAUCAGACUCAUUGCUUUUUUUAUGUAGCCUCGGCCUACUGGUUGGAUGAUUUUGGGAGUUAUCGUCCCACACCUGUCCCAGAGUCAGUUUGGAAUAGGCUAUUUCUUUCUCUACAAGCUGACCAAUAGAAUAGGUAGCCUAAACGUUUCUACUAUACUGUAGUAAAUUGACAUAGGAUAGUGAUUUUGCUGUUCGAUACUCGUCUUGUUGGCUGAGGAAAAGUAAAUGUGGACAGUUAUUCGAACAUCUUUAAAGUGCACAUCAGAAUUUGGUAAGAUGGACUGCACAUCAUUGCAUCCUCGACUUGCAUGUUCUGUUAAUAUGAAUUACCAUAAUCGAAAUGUGAGUUAUGUCAUUCUGAGCACCGUGGGUGAACGCCCUAAUCAGGUUACACAACCAAUGCAUAUGGGUCCAGUACAUUUCUCAAAUGUCCGGUAAAUUAAAAUGCUGCCUGUCAAAUAUCCGGAAACCCUGCUACACACACACAGAUGGAUAUGUGUGCUACGUAAUGAAUUCCCACCUAUUUACUCUGUUUACCGGUCUCUUUUCCCUACCUCAGAUCUCUCUGUCGUGCCAUCCACCUCUGACAGCCUUCACCCUCAGACUGUCAGCUCCUCCUCUUCAUCCUCCACUCAUCAUGCCUCUACCUCAGAGCCCCACGAUGCCCCGGGCCCCUCCACCAGCUGCCCCGGUCAAGGCCCAGCCCCAGACAGCACGCUGGCACAGGGGCCAAGGGGUACCGCAGGCACAGAGGGUAAGACAGACCAUAGACUCUCCAGGAAGCCAUGAUGUCAACCUUGUGUGCCUUUAUAAGUUUAGUAAUCUUCCCUGUGGGUCAUCUAUGAAUAAUGAUUGAAGGUGUUUUCCAUCUCUCUCUAUCAGAUGAGAGCAGAAGAGGCUCGUCCGGUGUGGCAGGAGAGAGUGGGGGUCACGGCCAUGCCCAGGUUACCCUCCUGCUGCCCGCAGCACUCCCCCUGCGGAGGGCCCUCUCCUGGUCACAUGACCAUGAGCCAUUCCAGCUGCCUGCAGACCCAGCCCUCCCAGCAGCCGGGCUCCCAGCAGCACAACCACGCCCACCACUUCCACCACCACCAUCACCACGCGCCUCAGCACCCACCUCCACCCACUCUGCCCUUUCCUGAGCCCAGCUGCCCCCUGGAGAGGCCCACCGCCCUGCCUGCACCAUGCAGAGGGGGAGGGGUCAGCAGCAGCAGCUCCACCCAGUACCACGACCAGGUAGGCCUGUGUUGUGUUUUUUACAUUGCAGCAUUGAUGGAGGUUUGGCUGUUACUUCUGCUUCCUGUUUUAGUUUCCACAACUUUAAUAUAUCGACCAGACCGGUAGAGAGAGUUUAUGCAUUUCUUAUAACAGUAACAUUUUAUAAAUCUAGUCCAUAUUAGAAAUGAGAUUUUUUUUAAUCUUUGAAAGUAUUUGAUCAUUUUCUUUUUCUACCCAAAAUCUAUAAAAGUAGGCUAACUGAAUAGAGUCUGGGGAGACAUAAGGCUACCUUUUCCUCCCACAAUAGCUGGUGAUAAAUUAGAAAUAAUUUAUAGUUUUAGUUAACUAUGCAAGCCAUGUUCUCCAUGGCAGAUGGCACCAUCGCAUUCAAAUGUGUCUUUGACUAAAUCUUUGUGUAUCUUAACAAAAGGCUCCAUCAAUAUCUGCACCAGCCAAUGACUCAGAUUCAAGGUGAUUAAGAAGGAUUAAGAAGGAAAAAACAGAAUAGGAACUGAUACAGACAAAUAACUGGUAUCUUAACAAAAACGUUACAAAGGAUCUAGCUGGCAGCCUCCCUUGAAGUCAGAUUCACCACUGAAUAAUUCAAAUUCUGCUAAUUGUUGGGAGCUGCUGAAUUGUAUUAUUUACCAUCAAAGUGGAGCAGUGUGUGGUUAAAGUGUAAUGAGUGUAGUUGGGUUGAGGUUGAGAGUGCUGUGUCUGCAGGUCAGGUUAGGGGCUCCCUAGACCUCCGUCUCUUUGUCUGGAUGCUCUGAUUCCUACGUAAUUCAUGCAGGGCUGGGGCAAGUAUUCAAAACUGGGCCAUCAGGUCUCUACCAUGAAAAUGAGGAAGUAGUUAACAUGUUGCAUGGUUUAGGCAAAAUGCUGUGCCCUUUGAUGAUUGGCCUACAUGUAGAUACUGCCCUCAGCGACAGCUCAGAGAAAGGAGACAUACUGCCUGAAUAAGGUGAAUAAGUCCUGUUUUAUUCAUCAGUCUAAAUAUUAUAAUUUAUUUUUAUAAUUCAACGAGGGAGGGCUGCUGCUAUGAUUUGAAACUCCAUCACUUAGAUUGAAUUUUCUCCGCCGGUUUACUGCAGUCUAAACUGUGUAGCCCAUUGUCUUGUACUUUUAUCUUGUGCUUUGUGCUGGCUGGACCAUGAAGCCCUGUGGUUUUAGUUGAGUGUUUUACUGGUUAUUUCUAUAUUCUGUCACUACAGAGAUCAAAGUCCGACAGUAGCACCAUAACAUCAUAGUCUGGUUCUACUCUCUCCAUACAUCUCUCCCUUAUUCUUUCCUUUUCAUUCCCCUCCUCUCCUCUCUAACCCUCCUAUCUCUGUCUCUCCCCUCCUAAGCAGACUCUGCCGGUGGACCUGAGCAACAGUGGCUUGCGGAGCAGCGGGGGCCGGUAGUUUCCAUGGUACCUCAGCCUUUGACCCGUGCUGCCCAGGCUCCACGUCGCGGCCUGCAGCCUACAACUCCCAGAAUGCAACGGGGCCAGGGCCCAGCCAGUCAAGCGCAGUGGUGGACUCCUUCAGCUCAGCCAUGGUGGCCCAGCCUCAGCCACAGCCACAGCUAUCCACCUGCAGGCACUUCAUGCACCCCUCCUGUGAGUAGAGAUACCUCUGCACCAAAAGGGAGAUGGCCUUUUAUUUUGGUAGAUGAAGUUAUUUUGUGGUUAGAUUUUUGUGUGGUUUCUUUUGUUUAAGUGUUGAUUUGAUAGGAAAAUGAAAUGCUGCAGUAGUAACUAUAGUGUAUUAUUCCCAUGCAGAACCUGCAUACCACUCAACUAAACACGUGAUCCUUUAGGCUAUAUACAGUAACUUACCACCAAUGCUUGAAUGAUUAUGCCGACAACGGCAGUCUUGAAACCCAGUGCUAAUAGUAAUUAAGAGAAACACCUGAUGUUUAAUGUGCUAAGUGCUGCGGGUGUGCUACCAAACAGGCCCUGUUAAUUGCUGAUUCUCCUCAGAAUAGCUCUGUGUGGAAUGAGAAUGAGUGUGGCGGGGCUCCCUGGUGGGGCCAUAUUUAGAGGGAUAAUUGGAGCUGUUUGGCGCACCGGUCUAGUGCCUACACUCAGUCACGUCAGACAGUCAGCAAUGCUCCGGACCCCUUCUCUCUGCAGUAGGGAGACAGACAGACAGACAGAGGCUGGGUCUGUCUGGGGUCUCAGUUGGGAGACCUGCUCAGCACAGGGAACAGCCAGCCAGGCAGCAUGUUUCAGUGAGGAGAGUCAUAACUGAUGAUGAUCAGGUGUCCUCAUUAGGAAGGGGACUUAAAGGGGAUCUGGUAAGGCGUUACUAACUACUUCUCAACUCUCUCCCACCACACUCUCUCGCUGUCUCUCUGAUACCCAGACGCCCCCCUGGCACGCUCCCUGCACCACCAGCCCUCUAACACCUGCCCCCAUUCCCAUGGUAACCCUCCUCCCCCUCCUCAGCCCACUCCACAGGUUGACUACGUCAACCCCCACACCGUCCAUCCCUUCCACACGCCCCUGCCUUCCCUCCCCCCUGGCCACGCCGUGCCCCCGCCCCCUCCUGCCCCUCUGCCCCACCACCUCCCAGGUUCCAGUGCCCCCCAACACCUGCCCGCGGAGCACCAGGCCCUGCAGCACCACAUGCCCGCCCUGGGGACCUCUGUGCAGAGGCUGCACCAGCACGAGAUGCUGCAGAGGAUGGAGGUCCAGAGACGCAGGAUGAUGCAGCACCCCACGUGAGUGUAGCCUCUGUCCCCUGUCCUGGCAGCAACACAACUGUAGCAUCCAAUUGUCUGAUUACAGGGACAAUAUUAUAGUAUUUUCCCUCUAGUGUUUCUGAUAAACCUCUCUCUCUCGCUUUCUCCUCCUUUCUCCAGACGAGCACAUGAGCGCCCCCCUCCACACCCCCACAGAAUGCACCCCAACUACGGCCAUGGCCACCACAUCCACGUGCCCCAGACCAUGUCGUCCCACCCACGCCAACCUGAGCAGAGGACUGCAUGGUCAGUACCAUUUACAGCAGUGGAGAGCCAGGAGUUUAUGAACUGACGUAUAUGUGGUCUGCUGUGCACUAUGGAUAUAGUCAGUCAUGUAUGCCCUCAUCUUCACUGUUAUAAUAAUAAUAAUAUGCCAUUUAGCAGACGCUUUUAUCCAAAGCGACUUACAGUCAUGCGUGCAUACAUUUUUUUUGUGUAUGGGUGGUCCCGGGGAUCGAACCCACUACCUUGGCGUUACAAGCGCCGUGCUCUACCAGCUGAGCUACAGAGGACCUGUUGAAAUGGCACCUGUGAUGUCAAUGUCUAUGAGUUGAUGAUGACUGUUGUGUUGGUCUGGUUCUCUUCUGUAGGGAGCUGGGUAUCGAGGCUGGAGUGACCGUGGCGCCGUAUCCUUCAGGACACCUGCACCCUCACCUGCCCCACUACCACCCUCCGCCAAGACUGCACCACUUCCCUAUCCCCUUCAUGGUGAGUGCACGACUGGCACCCUCACUCUAAGCACACGUUCCACAUUAGCAUAAAUGAGAAAUAAAUGCUUUUAUUUGAAGCAUGGUGUAGAUUUAAUGAUGGUAGCCCUCUAUUUAUAACAUCUGUUAUUUCAAGGAUGGUUUGUUGGGCCACAUGAAUAAUGCAUUGGCAAUAAGGCAUUUCAAGUGCAUAUUCAACAUAACCAGCGGCCUGAAAUCAAUAGAAGCCCCUUUGAAAAGAUGUUAAAAGUUCAUGCACAAUGUCAGAAAAUAUGAAGUUGUGAGACUUCUGUGGUUAUCAAAAAUGCAGUUUUCGGCAAUGCUAGCCAGAAUUUAUACCCAAGUCAAGCAGUGUCAGCAGACUUAAUUGAUCAUGCUAUAUCCCUAUAUGUGCUUCAUGAACUGUAGCUCACAGAAACAAAUGACUGUACUCCACAGAAGUGAACAUAUUUGAAUGGAAUUGUUUUGCCUCCUCCCUCACAGCACACUGGCAUGUCUGAAGUAACCUACCCGCACAUUCGCUACAUCUCAUCCAGAAUGACUGGAUUUGGACGAACUUAUGAGGUAACACUUGACUGGUAAAGAGAUAGUAACUAGGGCCAGGAGUUUUUCCUGCUCGGGUCAUGUGGUGAGGAAACACUCCUGGCCCUGGUAAUUAGUUAUGAUGGAGCUAAGAGCAUCUUAUGGCUGUGGCUUAUGAGCUGUGUGUAAGUGAGUUAGCUCAGUCUCUCAUGUUGGGUUUGUUUACCUUCCCUAUUUCCUCAGGAUCUGCUGCAUUUAGAGGAGAGAUUGGGGACUGUGAACCGAGGGGCCUCUCAGGGAACCAUAGAGAGGUGCACUUACCCACACAAGUACAAAAAGGUGAGAGCACUCCUAUAAACGUGUGUGUGUGUGUUUCAGAACAUAUCCUAUUUAAUGUAGUUUGCUGUGAUGUAUUUUGUGCAUGUCUGCGCAAGAUCUUAUUCUGGGACAGAGUGCACAUUCACAGUGGUUAUUUUGUGCUCCUUUCAAAAUAUGAAUGUAUUGCUAUCCUUAAGCCAGAUGCUGUAGAAACUGGAAAGUGUCCCUUUCAACCAAAAGUUGCAGCCUUAGAAAACAUUGUAGGGAAAGAUUCCAUCUAGUUUUCCAAAUGUAUUUAAAUAAGUAACCUAAUAACCUGCUGCCCAAUACAGAAGGUGUUGGAGACUGAGAGAGACAUUGACGAACAGUUAACCCCUGAAGCAUGGGCAACUAUUGGGAAAAAUAUGCACGCAACCUCAGACUCGGUGAGAAAAAAAUGAACUAAUUCAAUUUGGAAACGUGUCUCUGCUCAUUUAUAGUUGUUAACGGUAGUCGUGUUGGGGGCAAGGGGAUUCGGCAGUAGAAACAUUUGCUAGAUUUUUAGCAAUAUUGAUUUAAAUAUAUUUUUUCAAAUCCAUAUUACCUUGAUCCAUAGGGAUGACAUGUUUUGUAGCCAGGACAAAAUGACCAUUCUCUCUGUCCUCAUAGGGAUAUGUGUUAACCCUCAUAAUGCUUGUACUGUAUACAGUAAGCCCUCUAGCAGUCAUAAAGGAUAGUUUAUUCACAAGUUGGUCUGUACCUGUAAUGUUAACACCCUGUGAACACUGAAUACAUUUCUUGUGUUUGACAGUAACCCCCAUAAAAUGGACUCAGCCUUCCGUGUUUGUAAUACAUAUUUUAUAAUGUGAAUAAGAGUUGUCUUUGUGCAAACGUUGUUUUUGGUGCGGUGUAUCUAUAAUGGUGUUUUCCAAUGUUUCCAUGAACAGAGAAAGCUGCAUGGUAAGCAAGAUGAAGAUGAGGGGGCGGACGAAGACACAGAGGAGAAAUGCACCAUCUGUCUGUCAAUACUGGAGGAAGGGGAGGACGUCAGGUACAGUUAUACUGUGGCGUGCAAGUGUGUUUUAAUGUGGGGCUGUUUUUGUGUGAGAACGACCGCUCCUUUCCCACAUUUUCUGUUGAUAUGCCGUAGCGAUUUUCUCAACACCCAAAAGUAUAGUAAUCAGUAGAAAAGCCAAUCCUCUGAGUGCCUGAAAACGACUGGUCUCAGAGGACGUUUCUGGAGCUCAGCAUAUGUGCUCAUGUGAUCAAGUGAGUUUUAGAGUUUCUGCCCUUCUGUUGGUGUAAUGUGAGAACUGUAAUGUGUGAAUGUUAAUUUUCCAUCUUUCAACAAACCAAAUUGAAAUCAUUUUAUUCAUUGUCAUUUCAUUCCAUACGGGAUCUUUUUUCAUUAUUCGAAGAUGGAAUUCAAAGUGUCUAACAAUAUAUUCUCUCUUCCACAGACGUCUACCUUGUAUGCAUCUCUUCCAUCAACUGUGUGUGGACCAAUGGCUCCUCACCAAUAAGAAGUGCCCCAUCUGCAGAGUGGACAUCGAGGCGCAGUUGUCUGCCGUUGAGAGUUGA